UCAAUUUAUUUGAUUUUCUAUUUUACAACAUUUUUAUCCAAAUCACGACUAUUUAGUGAUUAGAUUAUUAUAAAAUUUAAUAUACUAUUGAUUCAUUACAUUACAAAUAAAACGCAGUAAAACGUGAAAAUUACAAACAAAGCUUUAAAAUGCAAUACCAAAACAGAGUUCAAUAAACUCAAACCAGAUUCCCUCUGUAAGAAAUGUCAGCGAGGUAUUUUGACUUUUGUUGUGCAGCUUAAAAUAAGUGUGUACUUAAAAAUGGAAGGAAACUGUGCUUUAGACAAUCAAAGUUCCCCGGAACGCAGUGCACCUAUACAAUAUAUGCGAGCAUCAAGAGCUUUUCGUCAGUUUAAAAAUCCACCACAACCUCAUAUGUGUAUACAAGAUACAGUCAAAGAUAGUACUGAGAAAUUGUUUAUCAAUGUGUUAGGAUGGCAAAAGAUUGCAAAUCCAAAGCAAUACACUGAUCCUAUACCUUUGUAUGGUGGUAUGCAGGUGCAUCAGAGUUGUGGACCAAAUAGUAAUCGUACACCCUUGCUUGUGUUUGCUGUGAUGGUGAAUCCUGAUAUACUCAAAGCUAAUGGCAAAAAUGCAAGCAAUCCAACUGAUCGAGAUGCACUUGUAAGCUUGUUGUGUGAUUUUGUGGAAGCUAUGAAUCCUGGAUUGUUCCUGACGAGAAACCCAGUCAUAUUGAAAGACAGAGACAUAGCUGGGGAGCUCAAAGAUGUCUGGCUUGCUGUACAGAACAAGCGGGAGAGAGAGAAGGGAAUGAAUCAAGAUGUUAUGUAUAAGGUGUAUGAUAUAGAUGGUAUAGGAAAUGAUGAGGUAAAUGAAGAUAACAAAAGUAAAGAGGUUGAGGAUUCAUCACAUUCUCCAAAAUCUCCAAAUUCAGAAAAGAAAAAAUCAAAUCAAAAUGUCAAAUCAUCAAAACAAAUAUUAAUGAAUGCUGGCCAAAAGUCAGAGUUUGAUUCUGGAAUGAACAACAGUCUGUUAAAUCAUGACAAUAGAUGCAGCGGGACCGACCUAGAUACAACAUAUUGCACACCAGUUUACGGACAAAUUGUAUCCAGUAGAGAAAAUCACAAUCAAAUCAAUGAAAUUCAAAAGAAAAUUACAUGUAAUGAUGCAAAACCAUCCAGCUCAUUUAGAAAAGACUGGAAUUCCGUUCAUGGAAAAACUUCACAAAAUUGGGACGAGUUCUCUAAGAGCAGUACAACUCAAUUGAAGUCUGAAGGAAACGAUCUGAAAAAACACAAAGUGAAAAGUGAGAAGUCAAACAAAGACAUGACCAAUGGAAAACAUUAUGACUUCUUCCCUGUGUUUGACAAGAAAUCUAAAGAGUGUUUGAUGAAUGAAAGUUUAAAAGAACAAGGUGUGAACGACAAUGACAAUCCUAAAAUAAUUGUAGACCCAAUGCAGAAUUUAGUUCUGCAUUCGACUGAUAAUAAAAUAUUAUGUGAUAAUAAAUGAAGUGCUCUCAGCUCAUUUAGGACGUAAAUAGGCUAA